UUUAGCAAAACUAAUAUAGUUGUUAGAUAGUAUUUGUUAUCAGGGAGACCAAAGAACAGUCUAUUAUCUCAGGUUUGCCUGAUGAUUUGGCUUUGAGAUGCAUAGCAAAGCUUUCUCACGGCUAUCAUGGAACGCUCGAGUGCGUCUCUAAAGAUUGGAGAGAUCUAGUUCGCAGUGAGGUUUACUCGUGCUAUAAAGCUAGAAAUGGAUGGUCAGGGAAUUGGUUGUUUGCUCAUUCUAACAACCAAUGGGUUGCUUAUGACUCUGAUGCUGAUCGGUGGCAUCCAUUACCUAGGAAUGAAGCUAUACAGGAUUGUUGGGAUCAUUCUGGUUUUGCGUGUGUUUGUGUUUCAAGCUGUCUUCUUAUGAUCAAGGAUUGCUAUGUGUCAUCAUUUCCUUACGAGGAGCAUGUUGUUGUCUACUAAAACAACAUUAAGAUGCAGUAUUGUCUUAUGUGUGUUUUUUCUAAAGUUUAGUUUUAAUUUUCUGCAGUGAAUGAAUUUGUGCCAAUCUAUUGAGAGACAAAGAAAAAAAAAUACAUGUUUGUUUUUUUUGUGUUUAUCUUUCAUAAUCUGGUACAAUAGACUAAGAGUUCUCCUUGUAUAAUUUGAUGUGCACUAGUGGUUUCAUACUUGUCCAUUUUUGUAUCAACCCCAGAUUCAAGUCCCAAUAAUAUCAAUUUUGCAGUUUCAAAAAAAAAUUACUCUUAACGAAACUCUGAAACAUAAUUAUCACAUUUCCAGUAUCAAUUAAACGGGCUACAAAGGCCCACAACUCUCACACACAAACCAGUGAAAUCAGUAAAUAUGGAUUCAACUAGAAAAAUAAAUGUUUAACUAAUUAUUAAUUGUCUAUCCAAUUUAAUAAUUAUCAUUCUUGGUUUUAUUUGAUAAAAUUACCGGCAGCUUUCUUUCUUGAAUAUUUUAUAGGUAGAUAAUUUCACUUUGAUCUAUCGUUGGCAUAGAAGACACAAAUAAAAUGAAUGCAUUUAUUUAGCACAAAAUGAAUAGAAGACAGAAAAAUAAGAGUUGAAAUAUGCUUUGAAAUAUUAAAAAUGGCUCCAAUAAGUGUUUUUGUCUUUUCUUCUUAAACAAAACAGUAAACAUUAAAGGAUUAAAGAGUUAAACAAAACAGUAAACAAAACAGUGAACAUUAAAGAGUUGAAAUAUGCUUUGAAAUAUUAAAAAUGGCUUCAAUAAGUGUUUUUGUCUUUUCUUCUUAAACAAAACAGUAAACAUUACAGGAUUAAACCAACGGCAUAAACUCCGUGAAGCUACCGUCACUUUCAUCUUUUAUGAAAUCCCCCCAACGUUCCUAUUUCUAUUCAAACACAUCAUCGAGGCAAAACACAUAAAAUAAAACAAACAAACAAAGAAACAAAACCAUCUCUCUUUCUUCCUCUCCCUAUCACAAGAAUCAAAACCGAAACAGAAGAAACAUCACCAGUCACCACCACCACCAAAUGGGAUGUUUUAUGGGCUGUUUCGGUCUCUCUUCCAACAAAAAACGCAGAAACUCCACCACGAAGAUCCUCCCUCGACAUCAAAGAAUCUGUAGCUAUGAGCUUCUACAUUCUUCAGAUCCGACAGAUGCAACUACUGUUGCAGAUAAUCCUGAAAAGAUCUCGAGUUCGAACCUCAGGUGUGAAGUAGAGACAGGGGAGGAAGACAAGAAGGGAACAAAGAAGACGAGAAAGAGAGUCAGAUUUGACUUGAAUGUACAAACCUUUGAACCAGCUCAACCUUCAAGAUACGAGAACUAUUGCAGUGAUGAUGAUGAAGAUGGAAAAGGAGAACCAACCAAGGCCACAUCUUCGUUGGAUCUGUCAAGUAGUUCAGUGUAUCCUCCGAACUAUAGAUACCACAACUGUGUGGACAGUUUCGAAGAGGAAGAAGAUGAAUUGGGCUAUGGUGAGAGUGAUUUGGAGGAUGAAGACUAUUACACAGAUGAUGAAAACGAGUACGAAGAUGAUGCCGAUGAUGAAGAUGAAGAGGAUUAUGAGGAUAAAGACGUGACUCCUCUUUUGAAUCCUGUGGAGAAUAUCACACAGUGGAAAGCUGUCAAAGCAAAGCCAGCAAGAGUUAAGGAGCUGAUGAAGGAGAAUGUUGAAGUUGUUACUGAUGAUCAAGCAAAACAGCUACUGAAGGAGAUAAUAGUCAAUACUAGCCUUUCAAGUUGGGUAUCACCAUUUGUGGAUAUCACCAACAUGGAGAAGAGAUGAAAGUGGUGGUGAAUGAGAAGAAGAAACAGUGUGUGUGUUUUGUUAUUUGUUUUUGUAGCAUUCUCUGAUUCUUUGUGUGUAAGGAUAUGAUUAUGAUUUUGUUUAUUUUUUUUCCCCA